UCUGCAUUAACCCUGAGAAGGAACAGAGAGCCGGCUGGAUUACCAGGAAGACAGAGCUGGAGAGACGUGCACAAAAAAUGAGGCAGUUUUAGUUUGAAUGAAGCAACAGAUGAAGGAAAUCCUAAAUGCAGCAGCGCCGUUAAAGUGAGGUGAAGGUUGGAGUAGGUGUUCUCAGGGCAGCAGCUCAUGACUCCAAAGAAAAGCACAGAAAGGAAACAAAGAACUGUAAAAAGUGAAGAGCAUUCUGUAAGAUGACAGCCUGAGAAAGGUUCACCGAGGGCGGAGCAGGAGCAGAAUGGGGCAUCCCAAUGUGCCUCUUACCCACAAAUAUGUACGUUCCCACAGGGAUAAACAGAGAUCCAGCGACCUGCAAGCCUUCACAGCUAACGAUAACUUGAACCUUGCAUUAGGAGCCAUCAGAGUCCUGGGCAUGGAGCUGAUUGAAGAUGAACUGAAACCUCAUCUGAACACAGUGCUGACCACCAUUAAAGAGAAGAAGAAAGGCGCUGCUGAGCAGGUAGUGAUCAGUGGGGUCCUUCCCAUCCUGGCCCUGUCUCUGAGGAGCAGAGGACCUCUGGGUCUGCUGACUGCAAAACUGGUGGCUGAACUCGCCAAGGAGUCUGUGAUUCGUAAAGGUUUUGGAGACUCGGGUUUGGUUUCGGCUUUGUUGUCGGUGCUGACCAGUACAGACCAGGAGCUGCUGCUGAAUGCUGUGAGGGCCAUCUCCCGAAUGUCUUAUGACAGCUCGAAGCAGCAGGAGCUGCUGCUCCGUCGAGGCGCUGUGCCUCGCCUCGUCUCCAUCCUGCUCCGGUUUCCAGAUAAGGAGGCCCUGGAGGAGGUGUGUCUGCAGGCGCUCUGUAACCUCAGCGGUGUUGGAGUGUCCGAGGAGGCCGGGAUGGUGUGGGAGAGGGGAGUGUCGGUGCGACCGGAGGAGUCGGUGUUUCACGGCGUUUCUCCUCACACCUGUGGUUUUGCUUCUUCUGUGACUCUGGUCCGAGUCCGUCAGUGGGGACCAGGCCAGUACGUCGUGAACAUUGAGGUGUUCCAGCGCUGCUCCUCCUCCUUCUGGAACCUCCACGGGAACAAACGGACCCCUCGCUGGUUCCCCUUCCCUGGUCUGGGAAGCUGCUCCAAUCUGUACAAAGUGUUUAAGUUCUCUACCAGGAACGUUCCUCAGACCAAGAGUCUGAAGAUUCGAGUGUUCCACACUUUCCUCUGACAGCUUAAAAACUACAAGCAUGGUGGACUAAACCACCUGGACUACAAACCCUGAGUGGUUUACUGUAACCUUGUUUACUCCACCAAAACAUCAGGCUCAUUUUCACGCUCCGUAAACCUGGACUGCUCAUUCUGCUUUAGUUAGAUCAACCAGAGAAACUUUCAUGACUAGAUGUUUGAGGUUCCAGCUGUUAGAUUUGACUGUGCUACACAACUCUGUUUUUAGAGCAAUAACUAAAUCAGACAUAAGGAAAACACCGCAGUUAUCUGAACAUGAGGAUGUCUUUGCUGUUUAUUUGUUCACAAGUGCUUGAAAUAAUUUCAAAUUACAAUCUAAGGCAGCAACGUUGACUGUUUUAUUUUCUACAGCCCAAGUUUCUAUUUUUGAUUUUUACCUCACAUUAAUUUUUUAUUUGUAUUAAUUAUUAUUUUGUCUUUAUUUAUUUAUUUAUUUACAAAAUCAGACGGUCUCCAGACCCGGCUCAGAGUGCAUCCUUCUAUGGUCUCCAGAGAUCAGAUAUUAAUAUCUUCUGCACAUAAGCUAUGGUGGCAAUUUCAUAAUCAUGCCGGGUGGGGACUGUAUUGUAACUGUCACUCAUUUGUUUGAACCACUGGCCCCUAGGGGGCAUAACUGUCUCAGGUGUCGUUGUUUGCGGUCAGUGCUUGCGUGAUGGCGCUGCCUCAGCCAAUGACUGGCUCGACAGGAAGCGCUAACAGCUUCAUUAGCGUGAGAAUGCUAGUCUCUUUUCACCAUCUGGAGUCGCUCGCAACCCUCUGGGUGGCAAAAUAAGUGAGUAGAGAUGCCGAUGAUAUUGUUGGAGUGUACAUUUAUAGUUGCCGUCAGCUCUUUUGCUCCUCUGAGCGAGGAUUAGGUUUCCAGACUUCUUCUGAGCUCAAAACCCACAACAUGUCCUCUUGAUCCAAUACCCACCAGCAUCCUGCAGACCAUCUUGCCCACAAUCAAACCUGCAUUCACGCACAUUGUCAGCUCCUCCCUGGAAACUGGCAUCUUUCCUGCUACUUUUAAACAAGCCCGCAUCACCCCACUGCUCAAAAAGCCUCAUCUCAACCCAGCCCAGAUUGAAAACUACAGACCAGUCUCACUUCUACCAUUCCUGUCGAAAAUACUGGAGCGCUCAGUAUUUAACCAAGUCUCUGAACAUCUGCGGAACAACAACCAACUUGACCCUUUUCAGUCAGGCUUCAGGUGCGACCACUCCACUGAGACUCCACUCCUAUCAGUCACUGGUCAGUCCUCUGUCCUACUGCUGCUGGACUUGUCUGCUGCCUUUGACACCGUGAACCAUCAAAUCCUCCUCUCCACACUCUCUGGGCUCGACAUCUCAGGUUCUGUCCUGUUGUGGUUCAAGUCCUACCUCACAGGCAGAUCCUUCAGAGAGUCAUGGUGAGGGGAGGUGUCAAGGUCACAUGACCUAUCAACUGGGGUCCCUCAGGGGUCAGUGCUUGGUCCCUUACUCUUCUCUCUGUACACCACCUCACUUGGCACGGUGAUCCACUCCCAUGGCUUCUCCUACCACUGUUAUGCUGACGACACUCAGCUUUUCCUCUCUUUUCCACCUGACGACACAACAGUUUCAGCUCGGAUAUCAGCAUGUCUGGCUGAUAUCUCCACAUGGGUGAAGGAACGGCACCUUCAGCUG